CCAAAUUUCAAAAUCUUACCUAUCAAACUCCUUUGUCACCUGAUUAUUUUAUUCUAAUGCGAACGAACUUAUCCUUUCAUUUAACCAAAACGGCGUUGUUUCAAUUAUUCUAUUCGCACACCCCCUGAAAGAGAAUCUCUCCUUUCUAUAAACCCAUAAUUUAGGGCGCGCUUUUUCCCGGCCUCCCUUCGCCACCGUAUCUCCAUCCAUCUCCGCCACCGUCGCCACCUCUCUCUCUCUCUCACAGUUCGUAUUUAUACAUCUUCUCUGGUCUUAGCAAUGAGCUUCUCAACAUGCGCCGAGAUAUCGCGUUGUUUCGCCGCAGCAACGGCAGCAGCUUCAGCGAAACCUAAUUCCGGGAAGUCAAACGGCACCGCCACAACAAGCCUCAGUUUUCUCACUCCAAUCGGUCGUUACGGCGCCGUUUCAUCAGUGUCGAGGUCGAAUAAGACCAACAGAAUAGUCGUGGAAGCUACUCAAGGUCUUACUUACAGGGACGCCGGCGUGGACAUCGACGCCGGCUCCGAACUCGUGCGCAGGAUAGCGAAGAUGGCGCCAGGGAUUGGAGGCUUCGGCGGUUUAUUUCCUCUCGGUGACUCGUACCUCGUUGCUGGUACCGAUGGCGUGGGGACAAAGGUGAUGCUUGCCUUCGAAACUGGAAUUCACGAUACUAUCGGGAUUGACCUGGUUGCGAUGAGUGUGAAUGACAUUGUUACUUCGGGGGCGAAGCCUUUGUUUUUUCUUGAUUACUUUGCCACUGGCCACCUUGAUGUGAACGUUGCUGAAAAGGUUAUAAAAGGCAUUGUUGAUGGUUGCAAGCAAUCUGAUUGUGUUCUGUUAGGAGGAGAGACUGCAGAGAUGCCUGGUCUCUAUAAAGAAGGUGAGUACGAUCUUAGUGGCUGUGCAGUUGGCAUUGUGAAGAAAGAUUCUGUAAUCAAUGGGUCAGACAUUGUUGCUGGUGAUAUUAUUAUUGGUCUUCCAUCUAGUGGAGUUCACUCUAAUGGUUUCUCACUUGUAAGAAGAGUGCUUGCUCAAAGUGGUCUUUCACUGAAAGAUCAACUUCCUGGUAGUGAUGUUACAAUUGCAGAGGCUUUGAUGGCCCCAACUGUUAUCUAUGUUAAACAGGUACUUGACUUAAUUAGCAAGGGAGGGGUGAAAGGAAUUGCCCACAUCACCGGUGGUGGUUUCACAGAUAACAUACCCCGAGUUUUUCCGGAAGACCUCGGAGCUGUGAUAUAUGAUGGGUCAUGGGAAGUGCCUGCAGUGUUUAAGUGGCUUCAGGAGGCUGGGAAGAUUGAAGACUCUGAGAUGAGACGGACUUUUAAUAUGGGCAUAGGGAUGAUCCUGGUAGUUGGUCCAGAGGCAGCUAAUAGAAUACUCGAGAACAGAGGUGAAACAGAGAAAUUCUACCGCAUUGGUGAAAUUAUAAGCGGCAAGGGAGUGACCUUUAGCUAAAUUUAACUGAGUUUAAUCAUGUUGUACCCCUUUAAUACUUUCAUGGAAAAUUUUUCUAUGGGAAUAUGCGAUUUGAAUGGUCAGUUUAUUUGGAGCCUACAUAAAUGUUACGAAAUUUGCAACAAUUUUGAGGAUGCGCAUGAGUCAUUGCUAGUGAAAAUUGUUUACGUUAUUUUGAUCUUGCUUUUAGUGAAUAUCAUUGAGGUUUAAUCA